AUGGGAAGCAAUCAGACAUGGAUCACAGAAGUCAUCCUGCUGGGAUUCCAGGUUGACCCAGAACUUGAAGUUUUCCUCUUUGGGUUUUUCUUGCUAUUCUACAGCCUCACGCUGGUGGGAAACGGGCUGAUCCUGGGGCUCAUCUGCCUGGACUCUAGACUGCACACCCCCAUGUACUUCUUCCUGUCACACCUGGCCAUCGUUGACAUGUCCUAUGCUUCCAACAAUGUCCCCAAGAUGCUGGCAAAUCUUGUGAGUCAGGAGAGAACCAUCUCCUUUGUUCCGUGCAUAAUGCAGACCUUUUUGUAUCUGGCCUUUGCUCACACUGAGUGCCUGGUUUUGGUGGUGAUGUCCUAUGAUCGGUAUGUGGCCAUCUGCCACCCCCUACGUUACUCCGUCCUCCUGAGCUGGAGAGCAUGCACGGUCCUGGCUGCAUCCUGCUGGAUAUUCAGCUCCCUGCUGGCCCUGGUCCAUCUGAUUCUCAUCCUGAGGCUGCCCUUUUGUGGACCUCAAAAAAUCAACCACUUUUUCUGUCAAAUCACAUUAGUACUCAAAUUGGCCUGUGCUGAUACCAGGCUCAACCAAGUUGUCAUCUUUGCUGCUUCUGUGUUUAUCUUAGUGGGGCCCCUCUGCUUGGUGCUGGUGUCCUACACACGCAUCCUGGGUGCCAUCCUGAGGAUCCAGUCUGGGGAGGGCCGCAGAAAGGCCUUCUCCACCUGCUCCUCCCACCUCUGCGUGGUGGGGCUCUUCUUCGGCAGCGCCAUCGUCCUGUACAUGGCCCCCAAAUCCAUCCAUUCUCAAGAACAGAGGAAGAUUCUGUCAUUGUUUUACAGCCUUUUCAACCCUAUGCUGAAUCCCCUGAUCUACAGUUUGAGGAACACGGAGGUUAAGGGGGCCCUGAGCAGAUUUCUGGGAAAGAGGAGGUCGGUGUGA